AUGAAGUUUAGAGCAAUAAUAUUUUUGUGCAUAUUAGGAUUUUCCUUACAGCGAUCUACUCCAGAAGAUAAUAGUUAUGUUGCAGCCGUGGUGGAGUACCAAGUGCAGUCUAACUCGGCCACUAAUUUACAAAAUUACAUGAAAAUAAUAGGAGAUGCUGCUGAGCAGAAUGCUGAUAUCAUAGUAUUUCCUGAAUUAACGAUCUCCAGCCGCGACAGCGUAGUUGUGCCAAUCAAUGGUUUGCUCAAGGAACACCCUAUUCCAGCGUUACAACCUCAAUUAUUCGACGAGGUCUUAGUAUCAAUAUCGUCAGCUGCGCGGCAUCAUCAGAUAUAUGUAGUGAUAAACGUACAAGAGCUUGUAAAUUGCACAGUAGAGGCAACCGGGGAGAGCUGCCCUGAAGAAAAAAUUUACUUGUUUAACACCAACGUUGUGUUUGAUAGGGCUGGUGCAGUUAUCGACAGAUAUCGCAAGAUAAAUCUCUUUGGUGAACACACUCGUACACCAGCUUUGACUCCAGACUUAGGUAUCUUUACUACAGAUUUUGGUGUCACUUUUGGUCACUACAUCUGCUUCGAUCUAAUGUUCCAAGUGCCUGCGGUACAAGUUGUGCAGAAGUAUAAUAUAACUGAUGUCAUUUUUCCUACUAUGUGGUUCUCCGAAAUGCCUUAUCUAACUGCUGUGCAAAUCCAAGAAGCAUACGCGUACGCAAUGAAUGUGAACUUCUUAGGGGCUGGCGCGAAUAAUGUGCGAGUUGGAAGUGCAGGUUCAGGAAUUUAUUCGGGAAAAGCUGGAGCUUUAGUUAGCAUUAUGCCAGGAACACCAACAACGAAGUUACUCGUGUCGCGAGUACCCAAAGUACCUGGUCAGGUGGAAGGUGACUACCCAGGACCAAUAAACGACGAUCCCUUAGUGCUAGACAGUUUAGUGCUGAUAAGUGAUCCCUCGCUACCAUCGUACGUCACGCGUCUUAUUAAGCCAGGUCUCGAGGAAUUCGCGCUGAUAGACAAAGACGUUUUUUGCCGAUUUAAAAUACAUAUGAGCGAAAGAAAUAGUGACACGGCGCCAUAUUAUAGAGCAGUGGCUCAUGAUGGAGUGAACGUGUACGCGAAGCGUCCAGUCGGUACUGUGGGAUGCACUAUAGUCGCUUGUAAGACUGAAGAUAUCAAAAGCUGUGUUUAUAGAUUUCCCAAUAACGGAAAAAGAGAGAUUACAGCGUUGGAAAUUCAAAUGACGUCAUACAGCAAACAUUAUAACAGGACAUUGAAAUGCGAAGACAUAGCUUACUAUCCGCUUUCACUUAGAAACAAUAAGUUUCCUUUAAGUCCCAAGAACUUUACUUUUAAUGAACAAACUGUGCAGAAGUAUACAUACAGAGCAGGAGCCUUCAGCGGCGUGCGGUCAUAUAGCGGCGUAGCGACGGGAGGCACCAGAGUCUGUUCAGUAUUCGCUUGCACUGGAAAUACUAUCAACACUUGUGGGCAAAGAUUCUCAAGAUUUUCAUCAAAUACGGCCGCUGUUUUUGAAGAGCUUAAAAUAACAGCAGCGGUACCAACCCCAAAACCAAAUACAGACCUUUCAGCAAACAAUUCAACUUAUUUUCCUUUGUCUCUUGACAAGACUAUUAAACCAUUAAAACCUGAGUAUUUCAAUUUUAGCUCAGUAUCAUUUUUCGACACAUUAUCAAUUUACACGUUGGAAUUGGUGAAAUCUGCACCUGAUUUAUAUUCUUUCGCUAUUUGGGGAAGAGAGUAUACUACCGAUGAUGAGGAGGUAUCUCCGCCAAGAGAACACGAUGAAGGAGCUGAUGACAGUACAACAACUACACCUGCUCCAGAAGACGACGCACCAGACAGCUCCCGUUACUGGAUCCAUCUGCACUAUAUCUCCAAACAUCACAGUCUUCAGUUUAUAAGAGACGGGUACCUACGGGAGUGUAGACAUCUAUUAAGUUGGUACUACUUAAGAAUCUCGUCGAAC